GGCAGGUGCAUGCGGGUUCAACGGGACUCGAGCGCUUCAUAUUCGGUGAGCCCGCGUGGCGCACAUGCAGACAGCUGAAUGCUGGACCCUAAAGGAGAACCUCGAGCUCAUCUUAACACAUCUACAGAGAACCAGCCCGAAUCACACCAUUAUACAGUGUACGAGUGCGCGUACUGAUGACCAACUUACGCAGACAAGAGAAGCCGAGCGCGCAACGCAUGUGCGUCUUUGGAGAGCGCGCAUAGAUGAGAGCUAGAGGGCGGCGACGCAUCGCUCCUCACCACCGUUGCAGCUCGACUUCUGCGGUCCCGGGACCUUCCCCUGAUCCCUCCCGGAGGAACACACACUGAACUUGGUUCAUUGGCGAAACACCGGGACUCGUAACGACGUCUGUCCUCAGUUCACCAUCGCAGCAGUUUCUACUGUACUGUACGUCUCUGCUAAAGAAAACACCGACGAGGGAGCGAGGAGUUUCCAAACUCCAGACUCGAGUCAUGGGUGAAAACGGAGGUGCUCAGAGAUUUGGAUUGGGAUUAAUGCUUCAUUUGCUCUUUCUGUGGAUUCUGCUGCAAAUAGUUGGCGCGCAAGUUGACGAUGACUUUCUGUUGGGAUUGGGGGAGCUCCCGGAGACGUUUCCCAGCGAUCCUCCGGAGCCGCUCCCGCACUUCCUGUUGGAGCCGGAAGACUCUUACAUCGUUAAAAACAAAGGUGUCAAUCUCUACUGCACGGCCACGCCCGCCACUCAAAUCUACUUCAAGUGUAACGGCGAAUGGGUUCAUCAGAGAGAGCACACGAUAGAAGAGAGGGUGGACGAGACGUCGGGUUUGGUGGUUCGGGAAGCGAGGAUAGAGAUCACUCGACAGCAGGUGGAGGAGUUGUUUGGUUUGGAAGAUUACUGGUGCCAGUGUGUCGCCUGGAGCUCCGCAGGAACCACGAAGAGCCGCAAGGUGCACGUCCGGAUUGCAUUCCUGAGGAAGACAUUUGAACAGGAACCAUUGGGUAAGGAAGUGUCACUAGAACAGGAAGUGUUACUGCAGUGUCGCCCACCUGAAGGUGUACCACCCGCUGAGGUGGAAUGGCUGAAAAACGAGGAGAUUAUCGAUCCGGCAGAUGAUCGGAAUUUCUACAUCACCAUCGAUCAUAAUCUGAUCAUCAAACAGGCGCGGCUUUCCGACACGGCUAACUACACCUGUGUGGCUAAAAACAUAGUUGCAAAGCGCCGCAGUACCAUGGCUACAGUCAUCGUCUAUGUAAACGGAGGCUGGUCGACGUGGACCGAGUGGUCAGCGUGUAACAGUCGCUGUGGACGGGGCCUGCAGAAAAGGACACGUAGCUGCACCAAUCCUGCACCUUUAAACGGAGGCUCGCCAUGUGAUGGACAAGCCAUCCAAAAAAUCGCCUGCACCUCAGUCUGCACAGUGGAUGGCGAAUGGGCCGACUGGAGUAAAUGGUCGGCGUGUAACACAGAAUGCACUCAGUGGAGAAAUAGGGAGUGUAACGCUCCUGUACCACAGAACGGAGGCAAGGAUUGUGAUGGAGUCACGCUACAGGCACAAAACUGUACAAAUGGACUCUGCCUACAAAGUUCAGUAUAUCAGCCAUCCCUUCAGCCCGUGGGGACGAGAGAACAGGGCUUUACAUCGGCGCCGGGUGGAGAUGAGGUCGCGCUCUAUGUGGGUAUCAUUAUGGCGGUGGUCAUGUGUCUGCUCGUCUCUGUCAUCGUAGCCCUGCUCGUCUACCGGAAGACACAUCGGCGCUUUCAUUCUGACAUCAUCGACUCAUCGGUGCUGAACGGCGGAUUUCAGCCUGUUAACAUCAAACAAGCACGCUCAGCUGAUUUGUUGGCUGCAACUCCUGACCUGUCCACAGCGGCGGCGCUGUACCGCGGUCCAGUGUACGCUCUCCACGACAUCUCCGACAAAAUCCCAAUGACCAGCUCACCGCUGCUGGAGCCGCUGCCUCUUCCCAACCUCAAGAUCAAAGUGUACAACUCCUCCAGUGCGGUGACCCCGCAGGAGGACGUGACCUCUGACCUCUCUGCCACCCUGUCCCCAAAAGCCACCCACUCGCUUUUGGACAGCGAUCCGGUGACCCCACGUAACCAGACGCUGGCACGCGGACGAGACCCUAUGUGCACGGCGGUAGGAGCGUUUAAUUCAUUGGGAGGACGUUUGAUCGUACCCAACUCAGGUGUGAGUUUGUUAGUGCCGGCCGGAGCCAUUCCUCACGGUCGUGUGUAUGAGAUGUUUGUGACGGUGCAAAGGGCAGAACACAUGAGACCAGCGGUCAGCGAUGGAGAGACGGUGCUCAGCGCUGUGGUCAGCUGCGGCCCGCCGGGUGCUCUGUUGACCCGUCCUGUCGUUCUGACCCUAUACCACUGCGCGCACGCACCCUCCGACAACUGGCAAAUCAUUCUCAGGGGUCACACGCAGCACGACCAAUGGGAGGAUGUGGUGAUGGUUGGAGAAGAAAACUUCACAUCAUCCUGCUAUGUACAGCUGGAGGAGGAGGCGUGUCACAUCCUGACUGAAGCUUUAGGAUCCUACUGUCUGAUUGGCCAGAGCAUCUGUCCGUCAGCGGCUAAACGAAUCAAACUGGCAGUGUUUGGGCCUGUAGUCACAGCAGGUUUAGAUUAUCACAUCAGGGUUUACUGCCUGGACGACACACAGGAUGCACUUAAGGAGGUAUUACAGAUAGAGAAACAGAUUGGUGGGAAACUGCUGGAUGAACCAAAGACUCUGAACUUCACUUACAGUAACCACAACCUGAGACUUUCACUGCAUGACAUGCACACACAGUGGAAGAGUAAACUACUAACUAAAUACCAGGAGCUGUCUUUCUCUCAGGUGUGGAGCGGUUCGGUGCGGAGGCUUCAUUGCUCUUUUGCUCUGGAGCGUCAGAACUCUGUCGUAUGUGAGUUGUGUUGUAAGCUGUGCGUACGGCAGGUUGAAGGAGAAGGUCAGAUCUUCCAGCUCUACACCACACUGACCGAGGAUGUACAGUGUAUUGAUACGUCUCUAAUGGACCCCGGCAGCAGUAUUACGGUACUGACGGGUCCGAGUGCGUUCCGAAUCCCCGUCAGCAUCAGAAACAAACUCUGCAGCAGCCUGGAUGCACCGCAUACACGAGGAAAUGACUGGAGAAUACUGGCGCACAAACUUAACCUGGACAGGUAUCUGAACUACUUUGCAACCAAGAGCAGUCCUACAGGAGUCAUUCUGGAUCUUUGGGAAGCCCUGCACUUUCCGCACGGCAACCUGAACCAGCUUGCCACGGUUCUGGAAGAGAUGGGUCGCCAUGACAACAGCAUAGCAUCUUUGGCAAAGGAACAUUGACCAUUAUGAUGAUGUUUAAGCAGAAACACCGACUGGAGAUCAAAGGAUUCAGCUCAACACAGAAGUCGAGUUGUUUUGCCACUGAAAAAAACGAAGAAAUCACCACAUGAAGAAAGAUGAGUCAAAGCAUCCGCAGAACCCCUGACCUUUGGCACCAACUCAGCGCAGCAUCUCAUUCGGUUACCAUGGAAACGUGGGGUGCUGCUGCUGCUGCUAUCUAUGCGCGUGGAUGCCACCGAUGCGGGCUUGAGAAUCUCACCGGGGUCAAAGGUAAAGCCGGUACAGGGUCAAGAUCUAGACAACCAAAAUGCUCUCUCAGACCCCUACAGUAUAUUCCUCCACAAAAAAACCUUUCUCAGUUUGCACGUGUAGGGACUGCAGUGUUAUCCAGUGUCUGAAAUCUCCUCCAUACUUUAUCUCUCCUUAGUGAUCGUUUUUAAGGAAUUUUGUGGUGCCAUCUAGUGGUUGCCGAUACAGUAAUUCUCAUGUAAUAUAAUAUUUUCAGAAAGAGAAAAUAUAGUAUUUAGCGUGUCGACUAAGAGUACCUUAAAGUGGCCUUUAAAAUCUAAUUAACAUUCAAAUCUGAUUUUAAUUGUAUUAUUUUUGUAAUGCAAAAAAAUAACAAUUCUAUGUUUCUUUGAUGAACAAAAGUGCAUACGAGCACUUGCCAGGGAUUAAAAAUAAUGUAUGCCAUUGAUAUUUGAUUAUGUGGAAUGUGGAAGAUGAAAUGUGAAGUCACACCGUAAUGAUGGGAUUGAUCGGCGCACUUUUGUAAGAGCAUCAUAUCUUUUAUCUAAAGAAGUCACUUGUUUUCUGCAUGAAGUGUUUUGUUUUCAAUUUGACAUUUACACAUUUUGCUCUAUGCCUGGUUUAACAAAAACAGUUAAGAUGCCCAUUAUAAAAAUAUACAGUCACAUGGUACCCAUUAUUUCAUCAAAUUGAGGCAGUUGGUGAAGUUAUUGUUACUAAUGUUAAAUUAUAUUUAUUUAAACUCUUCACGUCAUUGGUCAUCUUCAAAAAACCACACUUUUAAUCUACACUUUAAAAAUAGAGGAGGAAAAAAGAUUUAUUCCCCAAGAUCCUUUCAGUCCAACCUGAUCUCAUGGGAUUCGUACAUAUUUUAUGUUUUGGCUAAUUUGAUGAAUUUUUACAAAGUGAAUCACUAUUAGAAAAACAGCAACUUUAAACCAACAUAAGCAAAUUGUACAAAAAUGUUGUAUAAUGACCACCUCGUAAAAUAUGUACGAAUUGCCACAGUGACAUUUUGUUGUUCGGUCAAAGGUUCAUAAAGGAAUAAAAUAGUCUUUCUUACCUUUGCAUAUAAUAGGAUAACAUUUCAAAUGAUUGUAAAUGUUAAACAUUCUUACAUUCAGCCCUUUCAAAUUGUGACUCUGGACCACAAAAUCAGUCAUAAGGGUCUUUUUUUAUUGAGAUUUGUACAUCAUUUAGCUGAAUAAAGCUUUUCAUUAAUGUAUGGUUUGUUAGGAUAGGACAAUAUUUAAUCGAUUUACAACUAUUUGCAAAUCUAGAGUCUGAGGGUGCAAAAAAUAUAUCAAAGUAUUGAAAUUGAAAAAAUUGCAUUUUAAAGUUGUCAAAUUAAGUCCUUAGCAACACAUAUUAAUAAAUACAUUUAUUUAAAUAAAUGUAUAAUUUUUGUAUAUAUUAAUGGUAGGAAAUGUACAAAAUAUUUUAAUUGAACAUGAUGUUUACUUAAUAUCCUAAUGAUUUUGGUAUGAAAAAUCUAUAAUUUUGACCCAUACGGAUAAAUUUUUUUUUAAGGUUAAAGUUUGUACAUCACCUGAAAGCUGAAUAAAGCUUUCCAUUGAUGUGUAGUUUGUUAGGAUAGGACAAUAUUUAUCCGAGAUAUAGAAAUAUUUGCAAAUCUGAGGGUGCAAAAAAAUAAAAAUAUUGUGAAAAUUGCCUUUAAAGUUGUCCAAUUAAGUCCUUAGCAACACAUAUUACUAAUACUUUUAUUUAAAUAAAUAUAUACUUUUUUAUAUUUAUGGUAGUAAAUUUACAAAAUAUCUUCAUUGAACAAGAUCUUUACUUAAUAUCUUAAUGAAAAAAAUCUAAUCAUUUUGACCCAUACUUUUAUAAUAUUUUUGGCUGGUUUGUGGUCCAGAGUCACAUUUAGAAAAUUAAAUUUUUUAACACUCCUAAAAAUUAAAUUUCCUAAAUGUCUAGACCACAAAAUCAGUCAUAAUAUUCAAUUCUUUGAAAUUGAGAUUUGUACAUUAUCUGAAAGCUGAAUGAAGCUUUCUAAUGAUGUAAAGUUUGUCAUAGGAUAGGACAAUAUUUGGCCAAGAUACAACAAUUUGCAAAGCUGGAAUCUGAGGGUACAAAAAUAUAUUAAAAUAUUGAGAAAAUUGCCUUUAAAAACACAUAUUACUAAUAAUAUUUAUUUAUUUAAAUAAAUAUAUACAUUUACUAUUCAUGUUAGAAAAUUUAUAAAAUAUCUUUAUUGAACAUGAUCUUUACUUAUUAUCAUAAUGAAAAAAAAAAUUUUGACCCAUACUUUUAUAAUAUUUUUGGCUAAUGCUACUAAUAUACCCGUGCUACUUAUGACUGGUUGGUGGUCCAGAGUCACAUUUAGAAAAUAAAUUUUUUUAACACUCCUAAAAAUUAAAUUUCCUAAAUGUUACCCUAGACCACAAAAUCAGUCAUAAUGUUCAAUUCUUUGAAAUUGAGAUUUAUACAUUAUCUGAAUAAAGCUUUCCAUUGAUGUCUGGUUUGUUAGGAUAUGACACUAUUUGGCUGAGAUACAACUAUAUGCAAAUCUGGAAUCUGAGGAUGCAAAAAUCCAAAUAUUGAGAAAAUUGCAUUUAAAGUUGUCCAAUUAAGUCCUUAGCAACACAUAGCCUAUUACUAAUAAAUACUUUUAUUUAAAAAAUGUAUACAUUUAUUUUUUAUAUAUUUAUGGUAGAAAAUUAAGACAAUAUUUUAAUUGAACAUGAUCUUUACUUAAUAUCAUAAUGAUUUUUAGUAUGAAAAAUCUAAAAUUUUGACUCAUACAUUUAUAAUUUUUUGGCUAAUGUUACUAAAAUAUACCUGUGCACUGUAAAAAAUACUUUGCUGCCCUAAAAUUUUUUGUUGAAUCAACUCGGAUUUACAAGUCAUUUCAACUUAAUAUUAUUUAUCUUGACUAGAGAUGCAUUGUUAUAACUAAAGAUGCUAUGUUAUAACUUAUAAAAUUAAGUUGACUGUUCUCAACUAUAUUUUAUAAGUUGUGACAACUCAUCUCUGUUGACAUGACUUGUAAGUCUAAGUUGAUUUAACAAAAAAUUUUAAGGCAGCAAAGUAUUUUUUACAGUGUUCGACUUAUGACUGGUUUGUGGUCCAGAGUCACAUUUAGGAAAUUUUAUUUUUUAACUUUAAUUUAAAAAAAAUCCUAAAUGUGACACUGGACCACAAAAUCAGUCAUAAGGGUAAAUUGUUUAUUUUAUUUUGAAAAGCUGAAUAAAGGGUUCCAUUGAUGUAUAGUUUGUUAGGAUAUAUUUGGCCAAAAUACAACUAUUUGAAUAUCUGGAAUCUGAGGGUGCAAAAAAUUUUAAUAUUGAGAAAAUUACCUUUAAAGUUGUCCAAUUAAAUCCUUAGCAACACAUAUUACUAAUAAAUACAUGUAUUUAAAAUAUAUAUAUUUAUUUUUUCUAAUAUUUAUGGUAGGAAAUUAACAAAAUAUCUUCAUUGAACACGAUCUUUACUAAAUAUCAUAAUAAAAAAAUCAUAUAAUUUUUACCCAUACAUUUAUCAUAUUUUUGGCUAACGCUACUAAUAUACCUGUGCUACUUAUGACUGGUUUGUGGUCCAGGGUCACAUUUAGGAGAUUUUAUUUUUUCACACUUUAAUUUCACAAAACCAGUAACAAUAACUUUAUGAACUGUGGUAUAGUUUGGUGGAAACAAUGGUGGCAUGAUCAUUUUUAUAGUAGCGGUUCUAACAAAUAGACAGACAACAUUUGAUAUAAAAUAUUAUUUUACUUUCAUUAUUGGUCAGAACUUCAAUAUCUUUUAUCAUUUAUUGCUAUUGAAUGUUGUAACAUUGACUUCAGGUUGGGUUAGCGAUGCAGGUUUAAGUUUCUUUGAACACUGCCAGUGUUAUGAAAUGUGUCUGGCGAUUUGAAGGACAUCACUGCUGUUUCAGCAGGACCAUUUUUGGUUUCAUAUCAACUAAAAUAGCUGAACGAUUUUCCCCCAAAUAUCAUUAAAAUGUUUUAUAGAUAAAAAUGUUCAUUUUCAUACAUGAAGCUGAUUUACAUUUUAAAGCCAGAACUAUACGUUAUAUUAGAGUAUUACAGAUGAUUCGUCUGUUUGAUACAGCUUACAUUAGUAAGUGAAAUAGCAAAUUCAGCGAGAAAAGAAAAUGCAUUGAUUUGAUUCAUUCUGAAGUUAUUGGAUUGUGAGAAGUGGUUUCUGUAUGACGGGCUUAAUGGCGUCAGCUGAAAUGUAAUAAUUGAGUUUUUAGAAGGGAAAGUUAUUACACUUUGAGAAAAAAAAAACAUGUUUGUUGCUCAGACGAAUCAUUUACAGUAAAGCCUGGAAUGUGUAUUAAGUAAAAAGAUUUAUUUAUCCAUUUGUAGUACGUAACAUAAAUGUAUAGUAAAUGACAGAUCCGAGUGUUCAAAACUUACAGCCCAUAAAUGUAAUGAAGGCCUAUGCAACUGCCUUGCAAAGCAACUGAAGAUUGUGUAAUGCAAGAUCUGUUUUGUAAACACUAAAUAUGAAUGCUGGUGUGUACGUGAUCCAGAGCUCAUUAUAUGUGGAUCGGUCUGCAGUAUCACUGCCUGAAGCCUCCGUCACCCGUAAACAUGUAAAGCCUUUACUGAACUGCCAUUUCUGUUCGUCUCUGAAAGUCAAGAGGAUAUAUGUGCGGAAAUUAAUCAGCAAAACAACAUCUUUAAGUUUGAAGAGCAGCUGCGCAUUGAAUAUUUUUGUUUGACGUAAAUGCUGUGCCAACUAUGCAAUGUUUGCUUCUGGACAGGAUCGCUGGCAAACGUGCAUUGUUUUACUUGCAUAAAGAGAGAGAGAGAAUUUAUUUCAGCUUCCUUUAAAAACACUCAAAGUGAAAUGCAGACACGUCCGCAGCCAGUUUCUGUACAAAAUGUAUCUAAAGGUUUUUUUUUAAUAAAUUAUAUUUUUAAUCAA